AUGUUGUCCUUAUCCGCCCCCCUCACCCAGCCUGUGCCGCAUUGCCCUGGCCCUCAGCCAUAUGACCUCCAAGACCUUGUCCGCGAUAUCAAGUCGCACCUCGGCCAAACUGGCGGUAUCGAUAGUUCUCUCAACACGGACUAUUUGAUAUCUGUUAUGAGGAAAUAUGCGUCGAAUCCUGAUGACUGGAUUCAAUACUUCCACAAUGACACGAGCAAGAAUUAUACGCGAAACACGAUCGAGAACAUCAACUCUAAAGCGAAUAUUCUGUUACUGGUCUGGAACCCUACCAAAGGCUCUCCGGUGCAUGACCACGCCAAUGCCCACUGCGUCAUGAAAGUGCUCGCUGGCGAGUUAAUGGAAACGGUCUAUCAUACGCCAAAGAGCACAGCCGACAAGUCGGGACCGCUACAACUGAAGUCUCAGACUGUGCACCCGAUGGACGCGGUCACGUAUAUCUCGGAUGAUAUUGGGCUUCAUCGCGUGCACAAUCCCAAUCCCAACCAGGUUGCUGUUUCUCUACAUCUGUACACUCCCCCCAAUGCUGCGGAUUAUGGCUACCAUAUCUUCGACGAAACCACGGGCAAGGCCUGUUUUGUUCCGCAGGCCCGGGCUUAUUUGAAGCCUGAGUCAUCCGAUUGAAAGUCCUAGAGAGGAUAUCUCAUUCAUGAUUUAUGAUACCACUUGUUUCCCAGCGCUUGCUGCAUUCUUUCGGGGUUUUUAUCUUUCCGAGUUUUUGUUCUAUCGUCUUUC